GGGGCUUGUGUUGGUCUGCUUAUCUCCGCCUUUGGACUCCACAAUAAGUGCCCUUAGAAGGAAAGCCUGUCAGACUAUAAACUUGAGAGCAUUUUUUUCUUGCGCGCAGAGUGGCAGUAAAUCCUCAGCUCAGGAAAGUCAGCGAUCAAACUCACUUUUCUGCUCAGAGACGAGUGAAGAUGCAGCCCGUGUAGGAUGAUGGUGUGGACACAGGGCUUAGAAGGCUGUUCAUUGUCGGGAUAAUCUCCAGAAGUCUUCCCAUCCACUGGAAGAGGAAUAGGAGGACGUGUGCCGGGGGAGAAGUGGCGGCGGAGGCGGGGAGGUGAGCAGCGCACUCCGCGGUGGAUGACAGGGGCAUGGAGAUGUUGCGCCGCUCCUCUGUGUUUGCGGCUGAGGUGUUUGACCGCUCGCCCACCGACAAGGAGCUGGUGUCCCAGGCCAAAGCACUGUGCAGGGACUACAUCCAUUCCAGGCUGAACCGUGCCGGCAUAGGCUGGUCUAAUCCUGAGCACGGACUGGCUGCAUCAGGUGGGACACUGGGAGAGAUAUCGUCUGUUCUGCUGUGGCUGGGUGAUGAGUUGGAAUACCUUCGACCCAACGUUUACCGUAAUGUGGCACGACAGCUGAACAUCACAGUGGCAUCGGAGAGCGUGGUGUCUGAUGCCUUCCUGGCUGUGGCUGCAGACAUUUUCUCCACGGGUGUAACAUGGGGAAAGGUGGUUUCUUUGUAUGCUGUGGCAGGCGCCUUGGCAGUGGACUGCGUGCGCCACGGCCAUCCAGCCAUGGUCCAUACCAUUGUUGACUGCAUGGGGGAGUUUGUCCGCAAGAGUCUGACGUCCUGGUUGAAAAGGAGAGGGGGCUGGGUGGAUGUAACAAAGUGUGUGGUGAACACUGAUCCCAGCUUCCGCUCUCACUGGCUGGUGACUGCUGCCUCCGCCUUUGGACACUAUCUGAAGGCCAUCGUGUUGUACCUCCUCAGGGAGAAGUGAAAGACAAAGUCACACGCUGGAUCUUCUGGAGCGGACUGAGCAGCUCUGCACGCCACCAGCACCCCUCCACUGAAGCAUCCACUGCUUUGGAUUAUGUUUACACUCAUUUGCACUGAGCCUUCAUUGAUGAACACCAGCGGACUUUCCUUGCUUCUUCUGCUUCCUUGUGUCUAUUUAUUAUUAAAGGUUAUACAAUAUAUUGGCACACAUUUGAUGUGAAUGUAUAAAGUCACCUACUGUAUAAUGUUUUUAGCUUUUCAUUUUUCCACAAACUGCAGAACAGAUCAUUUUGAUGCCCCUGGCAGGGGUUUGGCUUCCCCUAGUGGUUAAACAUGGCAACUGCUGUAUUUUGGCACAUAAACUGAGAAGAUCCUGAGGCCAUCAUGAGGGCUCCACUUUUCACCUGGAUGGCAUAUACAUUCUUUCUCUUUGCUGAAGGAGUGGUAGUUUUUUCAGCUUUAGCAACAACAAUCCUGUCCCUGUUUCAGGGUUUUAGUUUUCUCAUCACAAUAGCUAGUAUCUAGCAGGACCAGCAAGUACGUUUUGAGAAACUUCCAUCUUCAGAGAUAUCCCCCGUCUCUACCAACAGCUAAUCUCUCACAUUGGUCCGAAUCACAACCGACAGAAUUAAAGAAGAUAAAGCUGAAAGUGUCAUAAAACAUCAGUCUGUACUGUGAUUCAAAUGCAGAAUCACACAUGGCCAUGUGUUGUACUGACUGGUGACGUGAAGUGAGCACAUUGUGACUGAGCUUCUGUUUGCUUAAUAAUGUUUAAAUUGGGGUUCACCAUCUUAAAUCAUUGACGUGCUUCCUCUUUUAGCUAUAAUGGUGAUAUUGGGUGGAAUAGUGUCGCAGUUUUUUUCCAAGUCAAGCCUGGGACUUCAAGAAAAUUGGAACUUUUCUCCAGAUGGCCUUGCCUUUUUAAAAAUAAAAAGUUAGGUUAAAGAUUUAGGCUCCUUCCAGCCUCUAAUGAGUCAGAUGAACUGAGCUUACAACCACUACAUUUCAGACAUCAUUCCACAUUCAAUGCUAUUCUUGCUCUCUGUAUUACUUCACUGUGAGGCAGUGUGUUAUGUUGCUCUGCUGUGAUAGAAAAAAAUGCAGGUUUGUUUGUUUUAUCUGAGUUAGAGCACUUUGAUAACAUUUCAGUUUAUGAGUAAAAUUUAUUCCAUGAAUAAUUUCACUUUUAUAUGGCAUGUAGCACUAGGUGUCCUAGAAAAUAAGCAAAUGUUUGUGAGUCAUCUGCAGCUGUAAAUAUUGACAUUAAUAAAUGGUGGUCAACAGUCAGAGGUCUCCCUGAUUAAUUAAU